GGUGGGGGAAAGGGUUCAGUGAGGUUCAUUUCUGACAAGGCAGAAAAUCAUUUCCCCCCACUUCAGGGGACUCUCUUGGGCUAUUUAGGGUGUGCGCAUAGAUGAGCGGGAUGGGUAAGAGGACAGAAAGAAUCUGACUUCUUAUUUGUUUAUUUUUUAAACAAAUUGUCCUUAAAUGUUUUUUGGCAAACUUCGUGGAGAGUGGUCUUCUCCUCAACACCACACCUGGACUAAUGGAUUACCACCUGCUUGGAUUAAUUUUAGCUUUUCUCUUUGGUGACGCAAAGGUCUUAGCCGGUUACCCCAUUUGGUGGUCCCUUGCAUUAGGCCAACAAUACACUUCGUUGGGGUCUCAGCCAAUCCUGUGUGGUUCCAUUCCUGGAUUGGUGCCCAAACAACUUCGUUUCUGCCGUAACUACAUUGAAAUCAUGCCCAGUGUGGCUGAAGGUGUGAAGCUAGGAAUCCAGGAAUGCCAACACCAGUUUCGUGGACGGCGUUGGAACUGCACCACCAUUGAUGACAGCUUGGCCAUUUUUGGGCCUGUCCUAGAUAAAGCCACACGAGAAUCUGCUUUUGUUCAUGCCAUUGCAUCAGCAGGCGUGGCAUUUGCUGUCACACGCUCCUGUGCCGAAGGUACUUCUACCAUCUGUGGCUGUGACUCACACCACAAAGGUCCACCAGGCGAAGGAUGGAAAUGGGGUGGCUGCAGUGAGGAUGCUGACUUUGGAGUGCUGGUUUCACGAGAAUUUGCAGAUGCCCGAGAAAAUCGCCCUGAUGCACGGUCAGCCAUGAACAGGCACAAUAAUGAAGCUGGAAGAACAACUAUCUUGGACCACAUGCACUUGAAAUGCAAGUGUCAUGGCCUCUCUGGCAGCUGUGAGGUUAAAACUUGCUGGUGGGCCCAGCCGGAUUUCCGGGCCAUUGGUGACUACUUGAAGGACAAGUAUGACAGUGCUUCUGAGAUGGUGGUGGAGAAACACCGGGAAUCCCGUGGGUGGGUGGAGACAUUGCGUGCCAAGUAUGCCCUUUUCAAGCCGCCAACUGAGCGCGACUUGGUCUAUUAUGAGAACUCGCCCAACUUCUGUGAACCCAACCCUGAGACUGGCUCAUUUGGCACCAGGGACAGAAUGUGCAACGUGACUUCGCACGGGAUCGACGGGUGCGAUUUGCUCUGCUGCGGCCGUGGCCACAACACCAGGACAGAGAAGAGGAAAGAGAAGUGCCACUGCAUCUUCCACUGGUGCUGCUAUGUUAGUUGCCAGGAGUGCAUCCGGGUUUAUGAUGUGCACACCUGCAAGUAAACAGAAAGAGUCCCAUGGUUCAGCUGUAGCAGAACAUGAAAGAGAGACUGCCAGGAAAUCUCACAGUUGCAGCCCCUGACUCCUGAAAGCAGAGAAGAAGCAAAUUCUUCCUGGCCUGUUCCAUGCCCCGUUUGGAACCAAGGCAGAUACUGGUGGAGGAAGAAUCUACCUGGAAACCAACUCUCCAUGAUUUUGCUGGAUCCUCUGCCAGCCCUGCCAACAUACUCCUUCUUUCCUGUCAAACAGGCAGAGCAUGGCUGCUGACUUCUGGCCACACACUUCCGGAGGUGGUCUUCCCAAUCUUUUUUUUUCUUGCACAUAUCAAAAUAUAAUAUAUAUCUAUAUCUAUAUUUAAAACCAUAGGAAAAAAGCAAGGCUGUAGCAACACUGACAGAAGCUCACAGUAACUGUUCACUGCAGCUACUGAUGUACACAAUGCAGAUGAUUAAGAGCCAAGUUUUAAGAAAUGUGAAGGGAAACAAAGUGCCCCUGAUGAUGGCAGGUGAUUUUACAUGCUGAAGGUCUGACGUGCAGUUGUUUCAUGAAUAACUUAAUGUAUGAACCUAAAGACUUAUAUUCCCUCCACUCCCAAACACACAUCCAUGUAACCAGUGUGACUUGUCCUGUAAGCAGCAUUGAUUCUGGAGUUGGAGGGAGAAAUUAACUGACAGUAUCUUAUCCUUCUUAAAACAGUUUUUCUGAACUUGUAAAACACACAGUUUCCUUUGUCCUUACCUUUCAACCCUUGUUGGCCAAGUGAAAACACAAGCACACACACACUAUUCAAUGUGUAUAUACAUUUUUGUUGCUAUAACCCAGGCACUUCCCAACAGAAUAAGCAGAGGGAGCUGCUGUAAAAAAAAAAAUCAGGCCCUUGCCAAAAUGUUGCAGCAUUUCCCAGCAGGUUGACUUAACUUUGGAUCAAAACUGACAUUUAUUGUGAUUUGGAGUUGUUUUUGUUUGUCCGUUCCAGGGCUGUUUGCCCAAACAGGUGAAAGACAUAUCUUUGUUAUAGCCUAAUACAUACCUGUCUUGCAUUUCACAUGUUUUAUUAGUAGAUUGUUCAGUGCAAGGUAAACAUGAUCCCAAUUUAAAAGCCUGAUCAUUGAAGCACCAUUGCCGAAAGAAAGGAAAAGGCUACUGGAAAUAUUCUCCUUGGUAUUUCCCCACUUCUUUACAGCAAGGCUUGCAUGACCCUGGGUAUAAAGGUAUAUCAAAUCGAUAUUAAAAAUCAAACAUUUACUGAUAACAAAUAAUCACUUGCAAGUCUUGCUAAAUAGGUUAAUUUUCCUUUUUGUGAAGCACAGCUGAAGGAUCUUCUGCAGAGUUCAUUGUAAACACUGUACAACAAAUUUGUGUAAAUGUCUAAAACAGCCACUAGAUGGCCCUCAGAAAACAUUUUUGGGACCCCCCAACAUUGAGCUAAAGGGACCCCCACAAUUUAAGAAGCAGCGCUUUACAGU